CAAGAUGAUAUACUUAGUAACUUUGAAAUCUACCUACGCCUGUAGGCUGUGUCAAAGGGGAUUCUUUUUUUUUUUACAGAAUUUUUGUUAUAUCGGGGUAAGUUCUUUCUACUGGAGUAUUUUGAUACUGAAAAAACUUAUAAUAUGGUGACGUCUACGCAAAGUUGGCAGUUACGAAUGUACUAGGAAGUUACAAAGUUUUAAUUUCAAUGGAUUUAGUCAUUCAGCUAAAACACCAAACAUAAAAUUCGUCCCCUAUCCUCCAAAACCCCGAAAUGAGUAAGACAUGAUGUUUCGCCAACUUAACUUUCAACUUGUAAGGCGACAUGUACUGUUCGUUGGUCUAAUUUAAGUAUGUUGACAUUAAUACCAUAUUUUGUUGAAAAGUAAAUUGAUUAUAAUGAUUUACAUAAUUUUAAAUAGUUUCAGAAUUCAGUAUUAGCUGUAGUAAGCUACGUACAGAUGACGAAGCAAAUGUUAAUGCUAUAUAACCUCUUCAGGAAAAGUAAUUACGAAUUAGUCGAAUUUAUAGUUUAUGCUUGGAGAAAUCAAUGAAGUAAAUUUAUAUGUGUUAAGACUACUUUAUGUUUUUCCGCAAUAUUUGCAUGCAAGAAAUGCGGCUUAUGAACACCCGAUCAGUUGCCAAUUUAAAAAUUACUUAUUUUUCUGAAACGAUAUGGUAGGUCUCAUAAUAGAUACCACCACUCCGAAUGCCUAUAUACUGGCCGGUUGACUUCUAGGAAACACUCUCUCAGUUGUGAUAGGCAGCUGCUCGACUGACCCCCUCCACUUUCUGAUGCGCUCAUCACGUGAUCGCCUGGUGACAGUGGGGUCUGCGCAGGUUAUUUUGCCUCUUGUCGCGCUAUACGGUCACUAGACGGGUAGAUGGUCGGAAAGAUAUUUGUGCCGGAAAGCUAUUUGCGAAAUUAACUUAUUUCUAUGGAAGGUGAAGAUUCGGAGUUAGUUAGACCGGAAGGUGAACCAAGUGCGUCUAAUCAAGCAAGAUCUGAAGUGCUACCUGGGCGCAAGAAGAAUUCUUGUGUCUAUCAUGAUUGCCAAGGAUAUUUCUACUUCAGCGAAAGAACUACUGCAAAUACAAGGUAAGUGGUUCUCGGAAAAGUGCAAUCUAAUAUUUUAGAGUAGUGCGAUGAAAUUUCACGCACGUGGAAGGCACUAGAAGGAAAUUUGCCUUGUAAAUUAUUGUGUAGGAAGUAUUGCUUUGUUUCAAGAAACUCAAGCUUCAUAGUAUUGCAUAUAUGAGCUAUUAUACCACGCAACAUUUUAGAAUAAUAAUCGUAUUUGUAACAAUACGUUUAAAAAAAUUUGCAGGCAACUGAGAUGCACCAGAAAGAGUCACGGCUGUCGCGCUCGAGCAACAAUGGGUCUUCAGGAAGGCGCAGUUAUUGCUCUGUCCAGAAGCAGUCCACUGCACAACCAUGAACCGGACCUGAGCAUUAAAGAAUCAUACAAACUGCGUGCAGUUCUUAAGGCAAGAUCAAAAAUGGAAACCACCUCUCUUCGCGAAAUCUUUUUUUCCGAGGCGAAAAGAAAUUCUGAUGGUGCAGAUAAAAAUCCUUAUGCAACAGUGCGGAGGUGUAUGGAAAGAGCAAGACGUGAGCUAUUUCCACCAAUUACGGAGGAUUUGCGGGAGUUCUGCAAUAUUUUGGACGGCAGAACCUGGGCAGAUCUGUACAGCCCCAACCACGAAAAACAACUUGCCCACAAAGUCGUAGAAACUGACAAUGGACAAAUCACUGCAAUUGUUUUUGCUAAUGAUACCUUCCUUCAAUUCCUUUCGGAAAAUCCAACCGAACGUCGUGAGGUAUCAUUUGACGCUACCUUCAAAGUAGUCCCCCGAAGGCCGAGCGGCUUUUGUCAACUGAUGACAGCGGUGGUAUACUUUCAAGACAUAGGAUUUCCGAUUUUCUUCGCCUUGAUGACCAAACGGACUCAAGAAGCAUACGUUGCUGUCUUAGACAUAUUCCAUCAGAAGACAUCUGCUUGGGAAAUUGUGGCUGUAUCGUCAGAUUUUGAAAAAGGACUUGUUAAUGCCAUUAUAACCAGAUAUCCGAAUGCAGAGUUCCAUGGGUGUUGGUACCAUUACUGCCAGGUAAGUAAGUUAUUCUGUCAUGAACUAACUCUUCUUCUUUUUUAGAGGAAAUUUAGGGGCUAAUGAACAUUCAGAUUCUGUUACAUUACCA